AUGAGCGUGAGCACCAAAACAAGUCUUACGCUGUAUGGUAGUGGCUCCUACAGUGAAGCACCUAUACCAACCAAUUAUUCAAAGCAGCAGCCAAUACCUCGCUUGUAUCCGGUUUUGGAGGACUGUUCAGUGCGUCACGCUGACGUGGAGAACCUCCCGCCGUCUGUGCCCGGUGCUGUGGCUACUUCUGUUUGUGCUGCUGGUGGUGGUGGUGAUGUUGUGGCUAUGGCGAACGCACCCGUGAAGGAGAGGAGGGGUGGAUCUCUCCACGGGAGUACAAAACGUCCUAGUGUGGUGGAAUAUGAGGUGAAAUGGAAGGGCUUGACAGCAAAACAGAUUCUACGGAACUUGAUGCCUGUUAAAAUUCAUUAUAAGAUGCAUUUGCUCUUCCAAGAAGAACGAAGGGGUCGGUAUCUCAUCGCAAACGAGGAGUUCACGGAGUUUACUGAAAUUCACAUUCAAUGUGUCUAUGGAGCGCCUAUCCGCGAAGAGCUCCUCCACUGGGAACCUUCGAAGAAGGUAUCGCGACAUAUGCUACAUCUUAAUCGACUGUGCCGAGACUCUUCUAAAGUGAUGUCAUUAACUCCCUGCGUCCGCAGGCCCAGUGUAAACGAUGACACCUUGCAUACACCUAGAACGCAUGCCCUCAUAGCUGAAGACAGCAUAUUCUCUUCGGACUCCAGGCUGUCGCUUUCCCUUCCGAAGGCCGAUACGGUUCUCGCCAGCAGACUAGCUACCUUUGACGACACACUGAGUAGGAACCUCUCAUAUGGGGAGUGUGCAACAGAGUGCAAGCGGCAUCGGUGUUCAAGGUCGGGUAGCUGUGGUAACAAUAGCGUUGCUUCUGUCUUGACCGUAACUCGUCGACUGACAGCGUCUGAGGAGACAGUGCCGCAUGACGAGGCCCGCACGCCGCCUAAAAAAGACGCUGAUAGAUACGACAGUCUUGUUUUGUCCCUCGCAGGGACUUCGCCUAGGAGUGACAACUCACUGGAACGCUCAAUUGGCUUCACUGCACAACGCGGGGCUGAUGCAUCACUUGACACCGAUGGUUCACUGGAGCGCUCUAUUAAUGAUGUACUACCCAGCGAUUCUUUUACUAUGGCGCGUUCGUUUGGCAGUGGCACACCGCCAGACUUUGUCAGUCUGAGUGAUGAAAAUGAGAAUUAG